AUGGCUGAAACUACUGUCUACCGAGCUGGCACCACCGCUCCCGUCAACAUUGCCGUCGUCAAGUACUGGGGCAAACGCGAUGCCAAGCUGAAUCUCCCUACAAACAGCUCCAUCUCCGUCACCCUCUCCCAGGCUGACCUCCGCACCCUCACGACCGCUUCCUGCUCGACCACCUUUACCGAAGACAGCCUCACGCUUAAUGGCGAGCUCUCCGACAUCUCUGGCGCCAGGACGCAGGCCUGCUUCCGCGAGCUGCGUACCCGCCGCGCUGCCCUAGAAGCUUCCGACGCCUCCCUUCCCAAGCUGUCCACGAUGUCCCUCAAGAUCGUCUCCGAGAACAAUUUCCCUACCGCCGCCGGUCUCGCGUCGUCCGCCGCCGGCUUCGCCGCCCUCGUCCAGGCCAUUGCCAACCUGUACGAGCUCCACGACUCGCCCUCCGAUCUCUCCCUCAUCGCUCGCCAGGGCUCUGGCUCCGCCUGCCGCAGCUUGUUCGGUGGCUACGUCGCCUGGCGCAUGGGCGACAAGGCCGACGGCAGCGACUCCAAGGCCGACCUCGUCGCCGAGGCCUCGCACUGGCCCAGCAUGCGCGCACUCAUCCUCGUCGCCAGCGCCGCCAAGAAGGGCGUCUCCUCCACGUCGGGCAUGCAGCAGACGGUCGCCACCUCGGGCUUGUUCAAGGAGCGCAUCGAGCGCAUCGUUCCCGACAACAUGGUCGCCAUGGAGGAUGCCAUCCACAACCGCAACUUUGAAAAGUUUGCCGAGGUCUCCAUGCGCGACUCAAACUCUUUCCACGCCUGCUGCGCCGACACCUACCCUCCCAUCUUCUACAUGAACGACGUCUCCCGUGCUGCGAUCCGCGCGGUAGAGUCUAUCAACGCAAAGGCUGGCAAGGCCAUUGCUGCUUACACCUUUGACGCCGGUCCCAACUGUGUCGUCUACUACCUCGAGGAGAACAAGGACGCCGUUCUCGGCGCCUUCUCAGAGACUUUGGGAAGCACUUCUGGCUGGAAAGGCGGCGUCGGCUCUCAGUCUGGUGUUUUGGACGAGACUGUUGCCGAAAUCCUGCGGGAUGGUGUCACGCGCGUCAUCAUGACUGGUGUAGGCGAGGGCCCUAUCAAGACGGAUGAGUUUCUGAUUGAUGCCAGUGGCGAGACUGUCAAGCGAUAA